GCCAUCACGCUAAUGGAAUCACAACCAACAUAUUUAGUAUGAGAUGCUUUUCACGUCUAAACGAUAACUAGUUUCUGCAUUGACAGUUCUUUCGUCGGUCGCCGAGCCCCUCUUGCUUCAACAUCCCACCCUCACCGCCCUCUGAGUGUUUCAACACACUCGCUCGAUCUUUACAUAUCGGCGCCUACUUCACGAACGCAGCAUCGCUCAACUCUCAGAAAUGAUGUCGGCGACUUUCCCUAGGUUCCCCGACUUACCCGCCGAGCUCCGUGCCCGCAUCUGGAAGCACGCGCUUUUCAACGAUUACCGCGAGCUCCAUGGAAACGACCGAAUCAUUGAAUUCCACGGCUAUUGCAACUUUGAUUCGAUAUUACAUCUCCCUGGUAUAUCAGUCACAGUCUCCAGGCGGUAUCCGACCCUUUUCGCUGUCAACCGCGAGGCUCGGUACGAAACCACCAAACUCGACGGUGGAGGAUGGGCACGAGUGAAAGCCCGACAUAACGGAGACACUGAAACCUCGAAGGCGCGGUCGGCCGCACCCGGACCCUUCGAGAUCUAUAUCAAUUUUGAUCGGGACACCAUAUUCAUCUCCGAGCGCUUCAUAGAGUUCAAGGAAGACUUGGCGUCCCACUAUCUCGCCAUGACGCCCGUGGAAUUUCGUCUGCGUACUCUAGCAAUGGUAAUGGACGGAUCCUCUCUUCAGAGGAUUCAGAAUCUCCAGCUAGGCGCAGCGAUGCCGUUGACGAUCGAGCCACCCUCAGGAAGUGAUGCAUGGAGAGGGAAUGGUUUGCAGAUUUACAGCGGCUUGGAGACGGUAACUUUCGUGACAGAUAACCAAUCUUUUGGGCACUGGACCCUGUGUCAGGCCCAAAUGGCCCUUCAAAGCAUUCGGUCGGUUGAACAGCGCAAGAGGAGCAUCCCGAUGCUCCGAUCUCUUCGUGUUCUCCGGAAAGUUGGUAGAGUUUGCGUUUUCAGCAUAACACCACCAGCCCUGGAGUACAUCACGAACCGGCUAGGGUUUGAUGAGUGGGGGAUCUAUUGUGUGGAGUUGGGCCGGCCUGAUCGCGACGAGGCGGAUGACGAGGGCGCAAUCGGUUGGGAUGAGUCCUCCUAUGCCUAGGUCCCAACCACCAGAGGACCGUUGAGUCCCGAGCCGGCUAAUUCUUCUAUUCUAUUGGUCAGUGGUGUCGGCUUGGGCGACCCAUUUUUCUAGCCAUCUUUACCACUUUUGUGGACAUCUUUUUUCGUUUACCACAACACUCUACCUCCUAAACGCCUCUCUGCACAAAAUUAUCACACCAUGCCACCCACCAUGGCGGCAACUUUCCACAAUUUCUGCAGCCUGCCAGCUGAACUCCGCGCGAACAUUU